AUGUCGAAAAGUAAUCUUCGUCGUCCGCAAAAGAAAUCAACAUUAAAAAAGCGUCAAGAUUGGGAUACGUCGAUUGGUGACCUUUCACAACAUCGACUAAGUGAUGAUGAAGCCUCACGAAGAAAGCAAGCAUAUCAAUCACGUAAUUUACAAUUGAUUCAAGAUGAAAAACAACGAAAACUGUUAGCCAAAGCGGUUCAUGAUGCAAGAAAAAAUAAUAGUAAUCAAUUGGGUAUUUUACGUGAAAUCUUAUUUAAUGAACGUGAUGUUGAUGAAUUAAUGCAAAGAUCAAAUCAUUUAAUGCAUUCUCGUUCGGAUAAAGCACUUCCGGUUCCGAAAAAUAGCAUUUUACGCAGCGGAAAAAAUCAUUUUACAAGUUUACAUGAUAACCAUACAAAAAAACCAACAUCGUCCUCAUCGAAGCCAUCAGCAACAAGAAAUUUAAAUUCACCAGGUGGUGCCGAUUGGAAUCAAUCUGAAGAAGAUAAUUUAUCAGUUAGCUCAGCUGAUAUUGGUGAAGACGAUGAACUCGAAAAUGAACCUGUUCGUUUAAGUCGUCCAAAUAAAAAGAAUGAUCAUCACAAUAAUGAACAAUUAAACGAUCAUGAACAUCAACAAAAUUGUUUAUCAGCUCGUACGAAUGCUCGUAAUCCGAAUCUCUAUUCUCAAGUUCGUCAGCAAUCAGCUGGAACUCGUUCAGUUAACAAUGUCUCAUUUAUGUCUGAUGUAUCUAAACCAGGUGGCAAAACCGCGGUUACUGAAUCAACUGGCAAUCUAUCAACCAAUCAAUUAAAACAAUUACUCGAUCGUUUAUCGUCUGAUUUGCAUGAUUUAGAAACUAUAACAGGAUUUAAAGCAGAUAAAAAUGACGCGUCAUUAAAUGUUCAAUCAAAUACAUGUAGUACAGCACUUGUUACUGCACUUAUUGCACUUACAGGUCACGUUAAACAAUGUGCUAUUGGUUCAAGAAAUCAACCCAGUCAAGAAACAAACACUCUUAAAGAUCAACUUUCAGUUGUGAUUAAAGCUCAAUUAGAUUUUCAACACAAAAUUGAAAAUCAAAUAUCAAUGUUACAAACUAUGAUGCAAACUGUUUGUCAACUUGUUAAUAAUGAACUGAUAUCAAAUAAAAAAUGUGCUGGUAAUUGUAAUCCACAACAACAACAACAAUCAACGAUAAAUUCAGCUCGUUUACGCCGAGAUUCAGCAGAUUUUCAAGUAGCUGAACCAAGACAAAAUUGGUUAAGUAAUCAUAAUAAUGCUCCUCAAAGACCAAAAACAAAUGCAACCGAUGAAUUAAUGACAUUUACUCAACGUAUGAGUAGUACUACACCAACAGAAAUGAAUCAAUAUCGUUAUUCAACUUACAAUGAAGCAAAUGAUGUGUCGAAAAAAAUAUCACGACCCACAUCAGCUGUUUCUACAACCGAAAGUAAUAUGAAUGAUUUUUCAAAACAAAUUCCUCAACGUCGAAACAUGGAAUCAGAAUCACGUUCAUCGAUGAUUAGUCCAAUUGAUAUGCCAUCAUCCUAUGAUUUGUUUGAAUCGGGUCUUCCCAAAAGUAAUUCAACAACGAGUAUGAUGAGAAGUGCAACUACUAGUUAUUAUGGUGGAAUUUCAAAUACGAAUGCACCAACGACUUCAAAUAAUGAAACAAUAUUAGAAAAAAUCUUACAGGAACGUCUUCUUCUUGUUCAACAAAUAGCUGAACUUAAUAAACAACAUGAAAUGACACAAGAAGAAUUGGCUAGUCUUGAAGCUAACGCUUUACAACAGCGUAUAACAUAA